AUGGGAAUGCAGCGAGCAAUGGUGGUCGGAAUACUGAAAGGUCACCGGAGUAGCAAGCGGCUGACAAGUGCAGAGAACUUCAACAAAUGCAAGGAUUCAGGUAAGAGAAAGAAGCUUGAUGGUUUUAAUCUGUUCGGUAAUGGGGUUGCUGAAGAUAUAAGGGACUCAAACAUAAGGAAAUCUGAGCCCAAGUAUGAUCUGAGAAAGAGUUUUGCAUGGGACAGUGCCUUUUCUACAAAUUCAGGAUUUCUGGAAAUAGAUGAGUUGCUCAACAUUUCAAAUUUAUGGCAAAGCCAGAAUGGAUGUGACAUACUAGGCCAUGAGGAGGAUCAGCUUUUGCCUUUGAAGUAUCCAGAACCUGAACAUAAAGUUGCAACUGAUGAAUUCAGUUUAAGAAAAAGUUUAGCUUGGGAUAGUGCAUUUUUCACAAGUGAAGGAAUUUUGAAUCCUGAGGAAUUAUCCCUUGUAAACAAAGGGUUUAAGAAAUCUGAGAUCAGUAUGCUUCCUCCAAUAGAAGAACCACGGAUCUCAUGUGAGUCGAAUUGUACAACUGAGAGUGAUGGGUCCUCAUUAGCAGAAAUGUAUCAGUUAAGUGAAGCAUCAUGCACAAGAGCUUCAAGCUCCAGAAAACCAAGACAUAGAAACAUGCAAAAAGAACAUUCAACAAAAAGGAUGGAGGGGGUCCCUAAAUUACAGGUAAAAUCAAGGCAAAGAAGCCAAGCUGCUAUAGAUGGAAAUCAACCAGAGAGAAUAGCUAAGGAAUCUACUACUUCACAAUUCAGGAAGAAUUUAUACAUUGUAAAGAAACCUAGAAGGGGAGCCUUGGCGCAACAGUAAAAUGCCGUUGCCUUGUGACUAAGGUCACAACUCACAAGUUCAAGUCCUAGAAACGGCUUUUUGUGCAUAAAAACAAGGUAAGGCUGCCCAAGUGGCUGGUCAUCAUCCGCUGUGAGUUGCGUAGGGGAGGUCCAAUGAUCGAUUCCUGACGGUUGCAAUUUAUCUUUCCGAUGCAUCAAAAAAAAAGUUAAUGAUUAGAUAAAUAUGAAUUUAAUGGUAAUGCACACACUCUAUACAUUUUUACACAGAUAUUUAUUCAUUUAAUGAUAGAUUGUCAAAUAAAAAAAAGGCUUUUAAUUUAAUUAAAAUAAAAAGGAAUAUAAAUGUCUUUGAAUACGUGACAUUCAAUUAUUGAAUGUCUCUGUAAAAUACUUUGACACUGAAAAUGCACAACCACAAUUUUUUCCUACUACCAUUAGACGCGAAAACAUAAGUUGCAGCUGCUUUAGCCUUUUCACCCGAAUCAAAUAGAGUGCUGCAAACCCCAGAUUUUGUUGGAAAAUAAACUUGUUCCUAUAAUUCAUUAGAAGAAGGAAAAACUCUGAUAAAUAUAUCCAUCUCAAAGCUUAACCUUCAAGUUAUUGUAUUGUCAAAAAUUGCUGCAUCGCCUGGAUUACUUCAACAUUACGUUCUAAUAUUUUAUUAGUAUGUUGUAGCUAUAAAAGGCAAGGUGAUGUUGUGGGUUGUGAUAUCUAAGACGAAGAGAAAAAAAAAAAAACAAAGAGUGAGAGACAUUACAUAGAAGCUCCGACGAGCUUAAUUGAGAAAUAAAACAAAAGGGAGGAAAUAUGUAGAGUCUAGAGAAUUGAGUGUAUCACAUGCAAGGCCGUCUCAACCAAUAUUGAGGCCUAAAACGAACUUUAAAAAUUGGGUCUUUAUAAAAUUAAUUUUAAAAUUGAAAGAAUCAAAUUAACAAACACAUAAAUAGUUCAAGAUGAACACAUACCUGUAAGCGGUGUAGCACGCACGCGCACGUAGCACGCACACACACAUUUAUGUAUAUAAGCGGUGUCCAGUGUCCUACUUUUUGAAGAUUAAUUGUGGCAGGGUAUCAGUGGCGUGUCUCAGUGUCAUGUCGGUGUCAAUGCUUCAUAGAUUUUGAGACUUGAGGAGAACAACUUAAUAAAAUAAAGAGUUAAAGAAACUUGAGAGGGAAAAUGAAAAAUAGAGCAGGGGAGAGGUCAAGAGGAGAAGAGAAAGAGGAAGAAUUGGAGAGGGUAGAAGAAGACGAAUUCAAAGAGAUCAAAUGAAAAGUCACACUCUUUCUAUGCUUUUUAUCAAUUCAAAAUACACAAUAAGUUAAAUUUAAUUAAAAAUAAAUGUUGCACUUAAUAGGUCCAUUUUUUUAGACACCCACUAUGUUAUUUAAUUACUUUUUCUAUUCUUAGAUAAUUUCAUUUGAAAUAUAUACAAGUUAAAAAAAUCAAAAUUUUGGGGCCUAAAGCAAGGGCUUUACUAGCCUAAUGGUUGAGACGGCCUGAUAUUACAUUGAAUAUGAAGUUAUACACAAGAGAAAGAAACAAGACGAGAAAGAAAGAAGCACUGAAACUAGCAAACAAGAGAAAAGAAGAAAGAUAUAUAUAGCAGAUAUAGCUGCUACUGUACAGAGGGAAAAUAAAGCUUGGUGUGCAUAAUGCAUUAAACCCGGAAACCAACUAAGAUAGCUCAGCCCUGAACCCCCACCUUUAAAAACCUAAGGUCACUCAAGGAAUUCAAUGAGCUAGGAGCCUUCUUCUUCUAUUAUUCCUUGCUGUCCCACCUUUAUAAUCCAGCAAAAUCUGUACUCUGUUUGCAAUUUGGUGAAUGAACCUGUGGUUGUUAUUCCAUGAUUCCGCAUAUAUAUUAAUCGAUAUGUUAUUAACAUGCUUUGCAGUAUUUAUGUUUAAGAGACGUGAUUUGUUGUGAUCACUGUUGUUAUUGUUAACAGUACUUUUUAAAUGAUUGAUCGCAUUUUGUUUGGAAAAGAAAUUUUUUCUUUGCUGUGGUACUUAAAUCAGAUUAAGGUGUGGUAUUCAAGAUUAGUUGGUUCAAUAAUAAAGAUUUAUGUACCGAUUAAAAUUUUAGAGUUUUAAUAUAUCAUAGUAAUAUAAUGUUGCGUUCUGUUUUUAGGGAUAUGAGAAUACGAGUUGUGUUUUUUGAGUUUUGUUCAUCUCAUCAAUUAUGGUUAUUUACGCGCAUCUCCAUCAUCAUCAUGUAUUUCUACAACUCGUCAAGUUUUCAUUUAAAAAUAAAUUUCAUGAGAUAAAAAAUAAUCUAACGAGAAGAACUAUAGAAGCAAACAAUAGCUUAUUUAAUUAUAAAUGUUAUAAUUGACAGUGAUUUCUUUUUAAAUAUUUAAAAUUUAUAAUUUGUUAUAAAGUAAAGAUUAUACAAGUGUGAAGGUAGAGAGGAGGAGAGGGAAGCAGGAAUGAGACAAGUAGUUCUGUGGAAUGAGGUGUGGCUGCUUGAUGCAGCCUCCUCUAUUUAUAGCACUAGUACUAGGUCAAUUACAUGGAGCUGAGAUACAUGGCCCAAGCUCAUAGAGGAGACAUGGCCCAAGCCCAUAUGGUCAUCCUACUCACAACACUCCUCCUGGAUGACCAUCCCUUAAGAAGAAAAUCUAAGCAAGUGAUGGAAUAUAGGAGAAGAGGGGAGUAAGAGGUAGAGAGGAGCAAGAGUCUAGAGAAAUGUGUGAAUGAGGAUUGUGCUGCUUGGUGCAACCACCCUUCUUUAUAUAGCAUUAGGUCAAGAAACAUGGGCCAAGCCCAUACUUUCUAGUAUGGUCCAAACACCUAACUUUGAUGGUCAUCUAAUUAUUCACAACAAUCGCCCUGGGUGACCAUCCCUUAAGAAUGUGCCUCAUUAAAAACCUUACUAGGAAAAACCCAGUGGGAUAAAAACCUAGUGAAGGAAAAAGAGUACAUUAUUCUAUAGUUCGUCUUUGUACAUUGCCUCAUUAAAAACCUUACCAUGAAAACUCAAUGGAAAAAAAACACAGUUAAGGGAAAAAGAGUACAAUACAUAUUAAUUGAGAUCUUUCAGCCGACGAACUCUCGAUAUUUUGCACAAGCUUCUCAAAUGUUGUUGUUGGAAGAUGUAACACCCCGAUUUCCAGGUGUCACUUUAGUAACUAAAAAUAAACUUUAUGCGGAAAACAGGUAAUUUUUUUUUUCCGUUUGAUUCCUUUUAAUUAAAGCUAUAGAAAAUAAAGACAUAACCCAGCAACUAAACUAACCGAUAUACAAACAUAUAUACAUGUACAGCCUCAGCUGCACGCCCACGUCACGCGCACUCGCAUUGACUCCAAAGUAGUGUGCCCGUAGGCAAAUAUAUACAGAUCCAGAAACGUGAGUAAGAAAGUUAUAAUUACAAUCCACUAGGAGAAAGUCGGCCUCAAAAUGGCCUAAGCAAAGACCCCUAUGGUCCGACUGACUCACCGUGAUCCCUCAGUAAGAGAACCACACAAAAGCCAUGCGUCGGGAACCUACCCUGUCCCAAAAGCAAAACGAAUCAGAGCUCUACACAAAAUAUGACGCCUGCCUAAACCUACCCUCCCAGUACCGCUCAAAGCUCCUCCUCCUCCUCCUCGUCGCACGGCGAGUAGCUAUCAACGUCGGUGUCGGAGUCAGAGUCCAAGUCCACAACGAACUGAAGUCGGCAAGUUGAAGCUCAGCUCCAUGCGUCGUAAAGCUCCCUUCGUUAGACGUCCACGCUCGUCAGUACGGUCCUCCACGACCUUUCCCCGGUGCGUCGCCCGAUGACCCACAAGAUAGAUCACCCAAGCGGUGGGGGCAUGUCGGUCAACAAACUCAAACCUGAUCCCCCCCCCCCCCGAGGGAGAGACCAUCGAAACCCAAUCCGCCGUCGACGUCUGGCAGCAGGCCGACCGCCCAAACACAAACAUGAAACCAAAGCCAAGGCGCUAGGGUCAACUCACGGAAUAGAGUAGAUAUACAAACAACAUGUGAUUGGGGAUAUAUAUAUAUAUAUAUAUGUUGUUAUAUAUAUAUAUAAAAAUAUACUCCUAGCAUGUUAUCGGCUCUAACAAUAAUUCAGUAAUGCAAACAGCACACAAUUCCAGUCAGGGUGAAUAUGUAUGCGUGAAAUGCAAUUCAAUAUGAUCCGGAUAGUUGUUUGGAAUGGGCACCAUCGAGUCAGUCCUAACACCGGCCUAGUGUUUAACCAUUUCCGCUCGGGUGUCACUUACAAACCCAUGCAUAGUCGGAUCAGCCCGCUAUGCCGAAGAUACACCCAGGUGUUCUUCGAUGAAGGCAAUCCCCAACCUUCGUGAAGCAUUCCCGUUCUUCACUAGUGAAGCAUUCCCGUUCUUCACCAUUCGUGAAGCAUUCCCGUUCUUCACCGGAGCCCAAUCUUUCGAUUGUACAAACCCCGAAUGAUGCAUGAUGCAAUAUGGUCAGCCAAACAUCGAAUCGUCCUCACAACACAAGUGUUUAGCUUAAAACCCAAUUUCAAAACCCAGGAGUUUAGUGUCGGUCAAUACAACACAAACUCCAACAACAAGAGUACUAGAGUACUCGGUGACUUUCAAUCAUCACCGUGGCUUUUCCCCGUCUUUCGCAAUCUUUUUCCCAUUGAGAUUCCCUAUGGUUUAUUCGUUAAUGAAAACAUUUCGAAUUGGAUUAGUCAAGUUAUGAGUUUAUUUCUUGAAGUCUAAGUUUCCUAAAGUCUUUAGUUUCCAAGAUUCUAUUCAUUCUAAGUUUGCCAAAAUCCCACCAAAUGUAACCCCCGGGGAAAGUCUAAGUAUAUAAACGAUAGCUAAGUCUCAAACCUUGAGUUUGGACUUGCCUAGGGUUGUUCAUCCAACCCGAAAGAUCAAAAGGAAUCAGUUCAGUGAUUCUUCGCUCCGAAGUCGUGUCAAAACGCACAAUUCAAUAACAUCUCAAUAUCAUAAGUCAUGAAAAACAUAAUAACAUUAAACCAUCAUCAUAAUCAAUAUCAAAAUAAAACAUAAGUCGAAUUUAUCGACGCCUAUCAUGCAGUCUUAGCUAAAAGGUAAGUUGCCCUAACCUCGAGUUGCUCCAGCCUCGUGGUCUAAGUUUCCUUCACACAAUUGCUCUGAGAAACCCAAAGUUCCUUCAACUGAACCUCGGAGAAAACAAAGCAGAAUCCAAACAAAAUCGAUUAGCUCGAUCACAGUACAGCUAAUUAACGAUAGACAAAGCAUUGAAGCUUCAGAAUACAACAAUCGAGUACGAAAAGACAAGUUUUCGAAAACGAAAAACUCCCCCCCCCCCCCCACACAACAUGCUCUCGGCCAAAAGAGGAAAAGAGCUCCGGCUCUUUUUCUUCGAUCUAAUCUGAUUAUAAGGUAGUUUUAGGGUAAAACUAAAGUAAAGAAACUGUCGGAAAAAUUUUCGGACGAUCGGAUCGAAAUACGGCUAUUCAGGGGCGUUUUGGUCCAAAAUAAAAGCUCAAAACCUCAAAGUUAAAACUUCGGAAAACAAAUUUGACAGCGAUGUUCCUAACGACAUUUGUAGCAACUAAUCCUAAAGGCACGAAGUCGGAUUGCGAAUUUUCGACAUUAAAGUUUCGAAAUGUGCGCCAAAAAGGGUUUUGAAUCAGUUUUUCAGAUCCUUGACAACUCGAUCAAAAUCGGCGAAUAUCGGCGAGUGUUCUAGACUCUUGGGCAAGUACAAGAGAUAUCCCAAGCGAAAAAUCAAGAAAAACGGAUAGUUUUACGAAAAGCUCGAAACUUUGAGCACAGAAAUAGCUAAAGAAACGCGACGAAAAGAAUGAUCAGAGGUAAGAAUCAAGCUAGUUACCUCGAUACCUUGAAGUAGGGACAAACAGCUCGAAGAUCGGUCGAGUUUCGGCGAAAUUCUCCUCUCCUCUUUUCUCUUCUCAAUCCGCGGCUUCAAUGGGAAGUUAUGGGAGAUAUUUUGAAUUUUUUUACUAUUUAUAGGAAGACGAAAUCGCGGGAAAAUGAAAAUUUCGCGAUUCCGAUUUUUGCAGCACAUUCAUCGAUGAAUUCUAAGAGAGAUUCUGGCGACAGAUUUCUAGAACUCAAAACAAAUCUCUAUAAUUAGGGAAAAACGAUCUCUAAAAUCCCAAAAGCGGUGUAAGUUAAUCUGUCCCGAAAAUCUACUUUUUGCUGUGAAGGCCAGACGACAAAACUUCGUUCUGAAGAAAGAUUGGAAACAUCGAAACAAAUCUGGCAACGCGGACGGAAACUUCGUUAAAAGCUCCGAAUAGAAAAAGUUUUUAUUCAGUGAUUGAAUUUAGGGUUUCGAAGCAAAGAAAUUAGCGUCGUCGGACUUCCGAGAAGUGAAUACUAUCGUGCGUACAGUCCAGGGUUCCGAACUGAAACACUGGUCGAAGGAAAAAUAAAGAGAACUUUUUAUUUUCCAAAUGAUUUGAAAUCUCACUUAAACGUUGCUUUAAAAGCGAAAUUAGCCUAUUCUGGACACUCUCGCCAUAAGGCAGGUGUGCAGACGACUCGCACUAACUCCUAAAACAACUAUGAAACAUUCCUCAAGCAAUUCCUGAACUUUCUUCUUCAUCAAUCUUUCUCAAACGGCGAACUCCUGUCACGCUUACACUGAUUCUACGCUUGAGUCGGAAAUUAACUUGCUCUGUAAAUCCAGGUCUUACAAUACUCCCCUCCAAAAAGAAAGUUUCGUCCUCGAAACUCAGAGUUCUGCGAAAAGUCCGGGAUACAGUUCCUUGAUCUUGUCUUCCAAUUCCCAUGUAGCGUCUCCCGUAUCGUUGUUCCAUAUCACUUUCACUAAUGCAAUCUGCUUCCCUCUCAGCUGUUUCACUCUUCUAUCCCCAAUACUCACUGGCGGUGCCUCAAAGGUCAAAUCAUCCUUCAGUUCAACGUUGUCUGGCUCGAUUACAUGAGUCGGGUCUGGAAUGUACUUCCUCAAUUGCGACACAUGAAAUACAUCGUGAAUGUUGGAAAGAAACGGUGGUAGCGCAAUCUGAUACGCAACUGGUCCAACACGUCGAGUGAUUUGGUAAGGUCCAAUAAAUUUUGGCGUGAGCUUCCUUGACUUAAUAGCUCGUCCAACCCCCGUAGUCUGAGUUACUCGUAGAAACACAUGGUCGCCCUCUUCAAACUCUAGGGUUCUGCGUCUCUGAUCAGCAUAACUCUUCUGUCUGCUCUGUGAAGCUCUCAUCUUUUCUCUGAUCUGCUUAACCUUCUCAGUCGUCUGUUGCAGCAAUUCUGGCCCAAUCAACAAACUCUCCCCAUCUUGAUACCAACACAACGGUGUCCUACACUUUCGACCAUACAAAGCUUCAUACGGUGCCAUCCCAAUGCUCGCAUGAAAACUAUUGUUGUAUGUAAAUUCGAUCAAUGGCAGAAGAUCAUCCCAGCUACCUCUGUUAUCUAACACACAAGCACGUAGUAGAUCCUCUAACGACUGAAUAGUUCUCUCUGUUUGCCCAUCAGUUUGUGGAUGAUACGCCGAACUCAAUCUCAGCUUGAUUCCUAACGCAUCAUGAAGAGCUCCCCAAAGGUGCGAAGUAAACUUUGAAUCCCGAUCAGACACAAUACUCGUCGGAACUCCGUGUAGUCUCACAAUCUCAGCCACAUAAAUCUCAGCCAACUUUUCCACGUUGUAGGUAGUUCUUACUGGUAGGAAAUGCGCUGACUUAGUUAAACGAUCCACAAUUACCCAAAUCGAAUCGUUUCACUUCUGUGUUCUUGGCAAAGCUACCACGAAAUCCGUGGAUAUGCUAUCCCAUUUCCAUUCUGGCACGUCUAAACUCUGUAACAUACCAGCAGGUCUCUGAUGCUCUACCUUAGCCUUCUGACAAGUCAAACAUGCAGCUACAUACUCGGCCACUUGUUUCUUCAUUCCCGGCCACCAAAAAUUCAGUUUCAAGUCUUGAUACAUCUUUGUCAUUCCAGGAUGAAUGCUCCAUUUGCUCUUGUGUCCUUCAUCCAUGAUUAGCCUUCUCAAUUCUGGAUUGUUGGGUACACAUACUCUUUCCUUGCAUCGUAGGAUAUUGUCAGUUCCUAUCUUGAACUCCGGGUCUUUCCCUUGAAUUACUAAGUUCCUCUUCUCUAGCAGAAACGCAUCUUGCAGUUGUUGCUCUCUAAUCUCUUCCAUCAGUCCACUGGCGAUUCUGAUCAUUCCGAACUUCAACUUUCCCUCAGACGGUGUCACACCUAAACUCAUAUCUCGAAAUUGUUCCAGUAACUCCAGCUCUUUAACCAUCAUUGACGAGACAUGCAUCUUCCUACUAAAAGCAUCAGCAACUACAUUUGCCUUCCCAGGGUGAUAUUGCAGCGUAAACUCGUAGUCCUUGAUAAACUCCAUCCAUCUUCGUUGCCUCAUGUUCAACUCCUUCUGAUCGAACAAGUAUUUAAGACUCUUGUGAUCGCUAAAUAUCGUGAAAGUACAACCAUAGAGAUAAUGCCUCCAGAUUUUAAGCGAAAACACAAUGGCAGCUAACUCCAAAUCGUGAGUCGGGUAGUUCUUCUCGUGAGUCUUCAACUGUCUCGAAGCAUAAGCCACCACUUUCCGAUGUUGCAUCAGUACACAUCCCAAGCCUUGAUGAGAAGCAUCACAGUAGACCUCAUAAGGUUCCUCCGGUUGUGGCAAAAUAAGCACAGGUGACGUCGUUUAAACGUUCCUUCAGUGUCUGAAAACUUGAUUCACACGCCUCAGUCCACGCAAAAGGUUGAUCCUUCCUCGUCAGUUGAGUCAAAGGUCCAACAAUCUUGGCAAAUCCCUCAAUGAUGCGUCUAUAAUAUCCAGCUAAACCCACAAAACUUCUGAUCUCUGUCACUGUCUUCGGUUGUUCCCAAGCCAAAACAGUCUCUACCUUCGCUGGGUCCACAGCUAUGCCUUCUUUUGAGAUAACAUGGCCUAAGAAAUUGACUUCCUCCAGCCAGAAUUCACACUUGGAAGGGUUCGCAUACAGCUUUUUCUCUCUCAACACUUGUAAAACUUGGCGCAAAUGUCCUUCAUGUUCCUUCGCGUCCUUCGAAUAUAUCAGUAUGUCAUCAAUAAACACCACCACAAACCGAUCUAAGAAUUCAUGAAAGAUGCGGUUCAUGUAAUCCAUGAAAACAGCAGGUGCAUUCGUCACUCCAAACGGCAUCACGAGGUACUCGUAGUGUCCGUAACGUGUUCUGAAAGCAGUCUUCGGUAUAUCCUCAAUCUUCACUCUGAUCUGAUGAUAGCCUGACUUCAAGCCUAUCUUGGAAAAUACGGCAGCCCCUUGUAAUUGAUCUAUCAAAUCGUCUAUCCUCGGUAACGGGUAUUUGUUCUUGAUCGUCGCCUUGUUUAGUUGUCGAUAGUCCACACAUAAUCUCGACUUUCCGUCUUUCUUCUUGACUAAAAGUGCUGGCGCUCCCCACGGUAAAACACUUGGUCGAAUGAAUCCCUUUGCUGAAAGAUCCUCUAACGACUCUGCUUCAAAACUAAACGCCCUAAAAUCCUACGUAUCGUACCCAUAAGGAAUUCCCUGAGGUCCUAGCUUCCUUAUCGGCGCAUCGGUAAAACAACUUCCUAGCUCAGCGUGCUAUUCUAGACCUCGUGUAACUUCUAUAGUUAAAUCACGAGCAACUUCGAAUAAGGUCCUACUAGGGAUAAUAAUCAUAAGAUCAUAGUCUUAGUAGUAAAUACAAGUUAGGCGCGUCACACUCGUUUCGAAGAUAAAAGAGUAAGUUAUUCUAGAAUAAGAGAACAAUUAAAAUAUUACCAUCGUUUCCACGUUCUUCCUCGUUCAACUCCUCAGCUCUUGCCCCUUCCCUGGUGUGAACCUUUUCCUCUGCAGCAAGUUGUUUUCCUUUCCCAGCAUUCUCUGAUGAUUCGCCCUUGGGUGCCUUGCAAUCUAUGGAGAAAUGUUCCGGUUGGUUGCAAUUGAAGCAUAGACUUCCCUUGAUCUUGCACCUACUGGCAUAGUGCCCGUUUUCCCCACAGUUGAAGCUUAGAGGUCCCCCGUCUGGACACUUGUUAUUGUAGUGCCCCACUUUCCUGCACCUGUAACACGUCACUGUUUUUCCCGAAGUCUUGUUUCCUGUCCCUCCGGUAGCAUCAUUCCCUUUCAUCUUACUGUCAGACGUUCCCUCCUGGAGUGUCUUGCAGUUCACAGCUAGAUGCCCCUCUCGGUUACACUUGAAGCAUCUCCGUCCAAACUUUCCGCAACGAAAACAUGUCACACCUUUGUCACCAACUGGCUUCCCUCCAGUAUCAGCAGUCAUUGGUUUGUACACUCUUGAGAUAAGAUCUCUUCCCUCGGGACGCUGAUACGGUCCCCACUGAUGGUAGCUCUCCAUUCCGUUGUAGCCUUGGGAACCUGACCUCAUUGGUCCCCCAGCUCCUGUUCGGUUCAUUCCUCUUUGUUGAUACAUUGCCAUCGCCAUCAGUCGUUGGUGAUUCUCACGUGCAGCCUCUUCAGCGCGUAUGUAAGCGCCUUCCGCAGCCUGGUUCAUCAUUGCCUCGAUCAGUGUAGCUAUUGCCUCCGCCAUCCGGUUAGGGUCCACCAUCCUAUAUCUCAUCAAACGUCCAAUUAGUACUAACCAUAAGGUAGUACCAGACAAACCAUUCAAUAUGAUUAAGUAGUAACGCAAACAAUUAGAGUGAAAAUCGCCCUGCAGACAAUCAAGUUUCACUCUUUGCAGAGUCACACAACCUAUCACAGAAGACCUAUUCCCCAAAGACUCCCAAAAGACUCGACUAAGCUCUGAUACCACAUUGUAACACCCCGAUUUCCAGGUGUCACCUUAGUAACUAAAAAUAAACUUUACGCGGAAAACAGGUAAUUUUUUUUUCGUUUGAUUCCUUUUAAUUAAAGCGAUAGAAAAUAAAGACAUAACCCAGCAACUAAACUAACCGAUAUACAAACAUAUAUACAUGUACAGCCUCAGCUGCACGCCCACGUCACGCGCACUCGCAGUGACUCCAAGGUAGUGUGCCCGUAGGCAAAUAUAUACAGAUCCAGAAACGUGAGUAAGAAAGUUAUAAUUACAAUCCACUAGGAGAAAGUCGGCCUCAAAAUGGCCUAAGCAAAGACCCCUAUGGUCCGACUGACUUACCGUGAUCCCUCAGUAAGAGAACCACACAAAAGCCAUGCGUCGGGAACCUACCCUGUCCCAAAAGCAAAACGAAUCAGAGCUCUAAACAAAAUAUGACGCCUGCCUAAACCUACCCUCCCAGUAUCGCUCAAAGCUCCUCCUCCUCCUCCUCGUCGCACGGCGAGUAGCUGUCAGCGUCGGUGUCAGAGUCAGAGUUCGAGUCCACAACGAACUGAAGUCGGCAAGUUGAAGCUCAGCUCCAUGCGUCGUAAAGCUCCCUUCGUUAGACGUCCACGCUCGUCAGUACGGUCCUCCACGACCUUUCCCCGGUGAGUCGCCCGAUGAACCACAAGAUAGAUCACCCAAGCGGUGGGGGCAUGUCAGUCAACCAACUCAAACCUGAUCCCCCCCCCGAGGGACCAUCGAAACCCAAUCCGCCGUCGACGUCUGGCAGCAGGCCGACCGCCCAAACACAAACAUGAAACCAAAGCAGAGGCGCUAGGGUCAACUCACGGAAUAGAGUAGAUAUACAAACAACAUGUGAUUGGGGAUAUAUAUGUAAGGCCCAAGUUUUUCAGUUUAUACCAAGUGAAUAAAUUCUUAUUCACCAGUAGGUUUGAUGCAUGGCGAAGGGAAACCUGAACAAGAGUUUAGUAAAUGAAAUAAAUGUAUGAAGGAGAAAGUUCAGGAAAAGUCUAAGGAUUGUAUCGAAGUCGAUUUAAGUUAUAGCACGACUAAUAUUCGCAUUUAAAACCUAGGACAAGAACCUUAGGAAACAAAACUAUGUUCCAGCUUUGGAACACUAUAGGAAUAUAAUUUCCAACAAACUUCCAGCUUUGGAACACUGUAGGAAUUUAGUCCAAAAAUAUUUAGAGAAAUAUUAGAACUUCUCUUUUUCCAUAUAUCACAAUCAUUUCGAGGCGAAACUCUAGGAUCUACGAACGUCCGAUUCCAAUCAUCGGAAGUUUGCCGAAACCGAAUCCCUGGUUUUUCAAAACCCUAGAAUCAACCGUCAAUGAAGACUUUUUCUAUUCAGAGCUUCAAAUGAAGAUUCUACACGCGUACACCCAUUUCUCUUGAUGAUUUCAAUCUUUCUUCAGAAGGAAGUUUUCCAUUCCGACAUUCGAUGCAAAAAGUAACUUAUCGGGUAAAAUAGUUUUACACCGACUUUGCAUUAGUCACCUAAAAUAUAAGGAGACCUCAUUUUAGUUUUGGAAUUCUUUCGCCAAAACCUAUCUUAGAAUUCAUGGAGAAUGAAGCCGGAAAAAUCAGAUUCGCGAAACUUUCAUUUUACCGCGUUUUGCCAACCUCUAUAUAUAGCCAAGAAAUGAGAAAAUAUCACAAAUUUCCACCAUUUCUCUCCAAAACCUGCGAAUUUGCUAAGAGGAAGAAGGAAGAAGAGCUUUUGUUCAUUUCUUGCUUGAUCGUCGAUCAACCAGUUGCUACUUCAAGGCUUCGAGGUAUAGUCGCUAAUCCUUACCUCUGAUCGCUUUUUCCAUAGCUUUUCUGUAGAGUUUUCUGAGCGGAUAGUUUAUGGGUUUUUGCAAAACUAUCCUGAAUCUUUCAUUUCUGAUUCUAAACCUCUUCCUUAUGCGCCCAAGAUCACUUCUGCCGGAUUAGAUUUUCCGUUAUGUCGCCGGAAUUCCGCCGGAAUCAAUUUGAGCCUAAAAUACCCAUUUUUGGAGUUUUUGGUGUAAAGCUUCAACCUUUAGGCUGAAA